AUGGAAUCUUCAAAUAAAAGGUAAACAUGCAAAACAAUGAAAAUAAUACCAUUUUCAAAUACAUAUACAAACUUCGUAAAUGAUUAAGACAAGUAGUUAAGAUAUUUUAUUAUAGAGUAAUUUGUUUUAGUAAAUAAUCCUGUAAAUGUCCAUUAUACAAACUGACUUCAUCUAAGAUUAUCAGAAAUUUUGAAUUGAAAAAACAACCUAGAAUCAUGCAGAUAAUAGACAAAAACAAGUAUCGCACCUAAAUUCAAUAGACUAAUGAUCGGAGAAUAAAAUGGCGAUAUUCAGAUAAUUGAUAUAUCUACUGCAAAGCUGAUAAAAAAUCUUUCUAAUCAUGCCUAUUAAGUUAUACAGAUAAUACCAUUUGAAGAUCAAUAUAUGAUUACUACGUGCUAAAAUAAAGAAGCAAGAAUAUGGGAUUUCAAGAAUCUAAAACAGAUAUACAAGAUCAAUCAUUCGAUUGCUGUAAAGCAAAUAUACUUUUCGAAAAAUGGAUAGAAUGUGAUUUUAGUAGCAUAUGAUGGAUCAGUUAAAGUAUAUGCUAUCUUAUCUUAGGUAUAUUCAACUUAAACAGGAGAAUUUAUAAAUUAAAUAAAUCACAACAUUUAACAAGUUUAUUAUAUUAAAUAUUUUUAACAUAUUGAUUAAUGUUUAAUAGCAUAUUAAAACAAAUAAGCUAGGUAACUUUAAAAUUUAAUUAAUCAGACAGGUUCUUUUGUGGGAUAUCCAUGAAUUUAAAAUUAAAUAAACUCUCUAGGGAUUAGAUUUCAGGAUAGAAGAUGUAUACUUAAAUUCUAACAGUAAAAAUUUAUUAAUUUCAAAAGAUCUGGAUUUAGCAGUUACUAUUUCCAAUUCAAAUAAAUUCAUUAUAUAUAAUAUAUUGACUUAAGAAAUCAAAGCAGAAAUAAAAGUAGAAGUGGCUUAUGAAAAACCAAUUCAUGUGGAAUUUACAAAAAAUAAUCAUCUCAUUCUUAAUCAUCAAUAGAAUAUUAUAGUCUAGUAUUUAUUGAUUAAAAAAUAAGUUCCGAAAAUGGAAAAUUUUAAUAAUUCUUAUCUACACCUAUUGAGAUGAAGGUUAGUUAUUUAAAAAUCAUCGUAAGUUAAAAUCCCGUUGACAAUAGAAAAUGCAUCUUAAAGAAUGAGUAAAAGAUAACUCAGGAUGAAGAAACUAAUCAUAAUUAGAUUUGGCUUCAAGCACCCUCUUAUUUUGCACCUAUAGGAUGA